AUGUUUCUUGCAAAGGCUUUUUUGGAAGGGGCCGAUCGGGGUCUUGGAGAAGCUCUGGGAGGCCUUCUGGGAGGAGGUGGUCAAAGAAGAGGAGGAAGAGGAGGAGGAAAUAUUGGAGGGCUAGUAGGAGGAAUUGUGAAUUUCAUCAGCGAGGCUGCCGCAGCUCAAUACACUCCAGAACCGCCUCCCACUCCUCAGCAUUUCACCAACGUGGAGGCUUCUGAAAGUGAGGAAGUUAGGCGUUUUCGACAACAGUUUGCACAGCUGGCUGGACCAGACAUGGAGGUGGGUGCCACUGACUUGAUGAAAAUCCUCAACAAAAUCCUUUCAAAGCACAAGGAACUGAAGACUGAUGGCUUUAGCCUUGACACCUGCAGGAGCAUUGUAUCCGUCAUGGACAGUGACACCACUGGGAAGCUGGGCUUUGAAGAAUUUAAGUACCUGUGGAACAACAUCAAGAAGUGGCAGUGUGUCUAUAAGCAGUAUGACAGAGACCACUCCGGGUUUCUGAAAAGUUCUCAGCUGCAGGAAGCUCUGCAGGCAGCUGGCUUCCAGCUAAAUGAACAACUUUACCAAAUGAUUAUCCGACGGUAUGCUGAGGAUGAUGGAAGUAUGGAUUUUAACAACUUCAUCAGCUGCCUGGUCCGCCUGGAUGCCAUGUUUCGUGCUUUCAAAUCUCUGGACAGAGAUGCAGAUGGCCUGAUUCAGGUGUCUAUCAGGGAAUGGCUGCAGCUGACCAUGUAUUCCUGA